UCUGUCAAGUUGCUAGAAAAGUGAAUGUUUUUUCACGAUUUCGCGUCCUUUUGUUUCGUUUAGCAUUCAAUAUGUUCGAAGUCUAUACUGAAAACAUCUCCUCUGACAUGUAGCCUGUUCUGCAAACUGUAAUAAACGCACACACCUUCAAUUGUGUCGGCGUUGUAGGUUAUAAAUUGCACCUAUUUCAUUGUUUAGUAUCGUCAUCACUUCGUUGCUUCAGCCGGACCUAUUUUUAGAUUGUUAUAACUCUUUAACGAAGCCUAUGUUUCGAGUGUUAAUUAGAAUUUACGUCGAUUAACGUGUCGAAGUGAUUCGCCGGUGAAAAUGGGUCUGAUAAUUUCGAGAUUUCGACGCAAAAAGACGACAACAGAAAUUCUAGAAAAACUCGAAACCAACAUCAAACGAAUCGAACAAGAUGGCCAGAGCAAAGAGCAGAAGCACAAGCGGGUCAUCGGCUACGUUAUGGCGUACUCUGUGGGCCUCUACGUGUUGUUCGCUAUAUUAUACUACUUCAUGUAUGUCGGGAAGAGUCAACAUUGGCUGAGUUCAGUGUUACAUGCUUCGCCGCUACUGGUGUUGCCUAUUGUUGUGAUCUUCCUACGCACCGCGAUAUCGUGGUACUACAACUGGACGAUCAGCAAGAACAGGAUAAAGCUGAACAAAAUGAAAGAAGAAAAGAAGAAGAUACUCGAAGAGGUCAUGAACACUGAGACCUACAAGGUAGCGAAAGAGAUCCUGGACAAGUACGGGAGCCCUGAUGACCAGUCUAAAGCCCUGAAGCCGUUCAUGCCCUCAGUCAACGUGCCUGGUAACAGCGGUAACCCUAGCACGCCCCCAGCAACCCCUGGUCAGCUGAGACAGCGCCAACUCGCGCUGACUUCGACUCCGAUCAACCAGAACAGAGAGCUGAUGGCUAUGAACAAUAUGGGAUCGACGUUCAAAGGGCCCAGGUUGAGGAUGUCGGACAAGCAAGCCAACGGUGUGCCCUCUGUCCGUUUUGCCGACGUGGACAACAAACCAUCUGACCAACUGCCUCGCCCUUUGUUGGACAAGAACCGCUCUGCCCUGGAUAAAGUGGUGGAUUACUUGCUGAAGGACGGGCCCAACCAUCGCAUGGCUCUCAUUUGCAACGAGUGCUCUUCUCAUAAUGGAAUGGCAAUGGUAGAAGAGUUCGACUACGUCUCGUAUGUGUGUGCGUAUUGUGGACGCCUCAACCCUGCCCGCAAGCAGCGCCCCGCGGCCCCACUGCUGUCUUCUCCAAGAGCACUGCCGGACAUACCGCGCCGAAUGGGCGGUGACGACUCUUCCAUAUCCAGUUCCAGCGACAGCGACGAUGACAAGAAAGUCAAGAUAUCUGAAAUUGGAAGUUCAGAAGCUGAAUCGGAUCGGCCCCCCUCUUCAUUGGAAGGGACUCCGAAAUCCACCGCCGAAAAGAAAGAAGACUGAACGAAUAAAAAUCUUACGUGUUUCUUAAAAUCUUCUCUACAAAGAGUGCGAAAUAUUCAAAAUAAUGUACGGAAAAUAUGUUUUCCUGGUGGCGAAUUGGUCUGUAAAGACGCUGUCAGUUUAAAAGUAUUUGUCUCUGACGGGUUGAUGGUUUGAACCUUUUAACCUUUUCUUAAAAGUAGACUUUAACAGGUAGUAUAAAUGUUAUUAAAGUUGUACUAUGGCUGGAAAUAACACGGCAGUCUUCUGAUAUCUUAGAUGUGGAAAAAGACAAAAGUACUAAUUAGUUAAAACUUUGCGUUAAAAAAAGGCGAAUAUUGGUAGUUUUGUGUAACAGCAUUGGGGUCUUAUCUAAAUUGGAUUUUUUAUUUUAUUUUAAAGAGAUACUGUCAGUUAUGUUCAAUGUGAGGUAUGUUGUAAGAAAACGGCGUUUAGGGCCUAUUGUCGUUAGAUGUAAUUAAAGUAAAUAGAAUUAUCUUAUGACGCUAAUUACCUCACAAGAUUGCAUGAAUUUUUAACAUUUAUAUUGGCUCUCUUGGCUUACUUGAAAAUUAAUCGUAAGUCGCAAAAUAAAGUGCCUAAAUUUUUUUCGCGCCAAAAGUGGCUUCGACAGCUGUCAACAUUAUUUUAUAGAUGCGAAAAGAUGCUUCCAGCCAGUGAUUUUGAAAAUAUAUUUUUUUUCCAAAAUAAUGUAAUGUAAUAUCGGAUGGUAAUAAGGCUAAGAGAGUGUAUAAAAUUCCUAUAUUACAACGAUCUAUGUUUGGUUUAUGAAUAACAAAAUUUAGAAGAAAAAUUUGAUGCCAUUUUAUACCUAAAUCUGUCAUCGCUCUUUAUUAUAAAAUUGGAAUAGAAAAUUAUGUUUCUUUUAUUAUUUAGUUUUGACAUGAGGCUCUCGAAGAAAAUAUUCGUGCCUUGUUAAAAAAUGGUUCAUUUAGAGGUAAAUUACAUGCAAUAAUUGACUAAAAGAGUGAAAUGGUGUCGCUAGUAAGCUUUUCCGAUAUCCAUUUUGACAUUCAGAUCAUAAAAAUGUUGCUAAUUUAUAAUUUUAUUUGCGUUUGGUUUAUCUCUAUUUUAGGUAAAAAACUUAAUGGAAAAGUAGCUUUUGUAACAGUAUUGUUUCCAACAGUAAUUUGUUCACAUUAAGUAUGAAAUACAUUUUCUGUUAAGUUUUUCCUAUAGUUUAAUAUUGAACUCGAUACGAACGAAUAUUUAUUCUUAUUUAAUUUUUGUCAACUAAUAAGUUAUUUUGAAUCUUCAUAGUUUCUAGUUUAAGCUGGUUUAAAUUAUUUAUUUUAAACAUAAUUUAAUUUUAAAUAUAUUUUUUGGGCCCGCUACUUAAAUGAGCUUGGGGUUAUGAUUGGAUAAUAAUAAGGCUUCAGAGCCAGUUUUGCAAAGAUAAUAAAAUAACUUUAUUAUAUCCAUGAGGACAGGAACUCAACACAACAAUGCUACAAUAUUACCUACUAUUGGUAGCACGAAAAGAACGUUUUUAUUCCUUUAAUUCUGAGUGUAAAGGUUUGUUAUUAUGAAUAACUCUUACAAAUCUUGUGUAAACUUUUCUAUGAUGAGACAAGUAGCGUUAUUUGAAUACCUUACUUUGUUCGGUGUCCUGGUUUUGGAAUUUAACACGUAAUUUUUCCAUUUUUUCCUUUAAUAUAAAUGCGUAUCUGCAUGUUUAAAAAAUAUAUUUAACAAGUAAAGGCAGCAAUAAACUAAUUAUAACCCCAAACACUUUAACCUAUGUACUAACAAUUCCUAUCCUGCAUUUUACUCA